CUGCGCCGGAUGUCGAGGAAGAACAUCCUAAACUGGGAGCUGGUGGUGACCAUUUUAUUUACACUCGAAAGCUUGCUACAUUUUAUGUGCUGUUGUAUAUUUUUAGCCACAUAGAAGUACAACACUGGGUCUUCAGAGAUGAGCAGUUCAGAGGAAGUGUCAUGGAUCUCCUGGUUCUGUGGAUUAAGGGGGAAUGAGUUUUUCUGCGAGGUGGAUGAAGACUAUAUCCAGGACAAGUUCAACCUGACUGGGCUCAAUGAACAAGUUCCGCAUUACCGCCAGGCCCUAGACAUGAUCCUGGACCUUGAACCAGAUGAGGAGCUGGAGGACAAUCCGAACCAGAGCGACCUGAUUGAGCAGGCGGCCGAGAUGCUGUACGGCCUUAUCCAUGCACGCUACAUCCUCACUAACCGAGGCAUCGCCCAGAUGUUGGAAAAGUAUCAGCAGGGAGACUUUGGCUACUGUCCUCGUGUCUAUUGUGAGAAUCAGCCAAUGCUUCCCAUUGGCCUCUCGGACAUCCCAGGAGAGGCCAUGGUGAAGCUCUACUGCCCUAAAUGUAUGGAUGUGUACACACCUAAGUCCUCCAGGCACCACCACACAGAUGGAGCCUAUUUUGGCACUGGUUUCCCCCACAUGCUGUUCAUGGUUCACCCCGAGUACAGGCCCAAGAGACCUGCCAACCAGUUUGUCCCAAGGCUGUACGGUUUCAAGAUCCACCCGAUGGCCUACCAGCUGCAGCUGCAAGCAGCCUCCAGCUUCAAGAGUCCUGUCAAAGCCAUCCGCUAGACAGAGCAAGAAUACCGUGUCACAAUAAUGCCGUCUUCAGAGUACACACACUCCUCUUUACUCUAAAGACGGUAUUAUUUGGGUUUGAAUAGAGCAAAAUGUAAUAAUGAGGGGUGAGCGAGACAUCCAAACACCCAGCCAUAAGUCUUCAAUACAAACGACACACACUUCCAUGCACUCACUUUACCAAACUUAAAAGUGACCCCCCCCCAAAAAAUGGCCCCGUACAGUUUGGUAAAGAGAGCGACUGGAAGUUUGCACCCUCCACCCCACUAACAAGACCCCGUACAAACAUGGCUGCCAUCGUACCUUUUUUCUGUUUUGUUGGCUUGCUGUCCGAUGCAAAGAAGAAACGCAACAUGUCGGCCCUCAUUCAUCUCCUUAUGCGUUUUAUUGUUGGACAUUUUCUAUUUUAUGAAAUCUUCUUUUCUUCCGUGGAGUCAGUGAAAAAGCCAAAUUCUGGCCUCUGCAUAAAUAUGGAAAUUAGAGUAUAAUGUACACAUGAAGCCGACAUUUGCAUCACAAUUAAGGAUUCCUCCAAAAAGGGAGUAAGCAGCACAGCACUGAUUCUACUGCUGCAGCUCAUAGGUUAGUUUUCAGCUGGAAGACCAGCAGCCACCAUUUUGUUUGUUAAACUGAGGCACAUUCUGUUCCACUUCUCUCUUUCCCCUCUGCUGUUGUCAUUUUUCCAGGUGAAUCUGUGUUUUUUUCUCUGUAUUAAAACGGAUUCACAAAUCUCAAUAAAGGUUGAUUUUCUUUUCUUAUGUA